AGCACUGCACCUAAAACACUGUUUGCGAGCGGCUCGUCUACCUUUUAGAUCCAAUCUCUGCAUUUUCUUCGUUAUUCUUCGACUCCACUGAGAUUCCCUUUCUCUCAGAGGUACAUGCAACUGACACCACUCUGAUCACAAGAGCUGGGGACAGCCUGGCUCUCCACACCGCAACAUUGCAGCGAGGUGUAACUACUUUUCUCCCCAUGCGACUCCGUUAUCUCCGGUGCUUUCGCCAGCCUGCCAUUGAAAAGUUUCGGUUGUGAGGAUAAACGAAUAUCUAGGACCUUCAAAGGGAUUGUUUAUAACAACAAGGUGACCUGAGGAGGAUGACCCCACAGUGAGACUGGACCCUUCCGUGAGGACCCACCUUCCCCUGACCUGCGUGUCCAGAGCCUCCUCCCGCACCCCGGACACCCCGCCCCACUCCUUCUUCUCUCAGCCCCUCCUCUGGGCCCAGGAACCCCCCUCCCCAGGUACCAGGAUGGACCUGCACCGGGCCGCAUUCAAGAUGGAGUCGUCCUCCUACCUGCCUAACCCUCUGGCAUCCCCGGCCCUCAUGGUGCUGGCUUCCACCGCCGAGGCCAGCCGCGACGCCUCCAUCCCCUGCCAGCAGCCCCGCCCCUUCGGCGUGCCCGUCUCCAUGGGGGAGAAGGACAUGCACCUGCCCUUCAACAACGGCUCCUACACCUUCGCCUCCAUGUACCACCGUCAGGGAGCCGUUCCCGGGGGCUUCCCCAACCGGGACUUCCCCUCCUCCCUGCUGCACCUGCAUCACCAGUUCGCCCCUCCAAACCUGGACUGCUCCCCCAUCAGCAUGCUGAACCACAGCGGGGUGGGGGCCUUCCGACCCUUCGCCUCCCCACCAGAGGACCGCGACGGGGCAGGGGGCUACCAGUCUGCCUUCACCCCAGCCAAGCGCCUCAAAGGCUGCCUGGAUGCAGAUGCCUCUCCCCACCUGCGCUACACGGACGCUGAGGGUAAAGAGUAUGACUUUGGGGCACAGAUCCCCUCCAGGUCCCCAAGCGCCCUCAAAGCAGUUGAGGACGCUGGGAAAAAGAUUUUUGCAGUGUCAGGCUUAUUGUCCGACCGCGAGACGUCAUCAAGCCCAGAAGACCGCAUCGAACGCUGUAAGAGGAAGGUGUCUCUGUAUGACAGCCAGGCCCCCAUCUGUCCUAUCUGCCAGGUGUUGCUGCGUCCAGGAGAACUGCAGGACCACAUGGAGCAGGAGAUGGAGCGCCUCACCCACAUGCACCUCAGUAAGAACCCAUCACACGGACACAAGGACAGCAGUGUGGCUCCAGGAACUCCUAAGUCCAUGCUGUUGUCGGUGCACAUCAAACGCGAGGGAGAGUCACCGGUGGUCUCCCCUCUUUCCUCUGAAGAUGCCCACCACUCCGACAGAUACCAGACAUUUUUACGAGUGCGAGCUAAUAGGCAAACGCGAUUGAAUGUCGAUGACCUCUGCUGGUGCAGGCGCUACGCCAAGGAAAGUGUCAAAAGUGCUCCCCUUGGACUGCACAACGGAGCCCCCCUUGCCCCCUGCUGCAUUCGCCACGCCCGGAUUGGGAAGAUGAAGCGCCGGAAGCCAGAGGAUGGGCAGGUAUGUCCACUGUGCAGCGCUCCGCUGGCAGGGACAGAGGAGGAGAUGAGUAGGCAUGUGGAACAAUGUCUGUUCAAGAGGGAGGGUGCGUUUGCUGAGGAUGACUCUGCAGACAUGGACGGAGAGAACGGGACCCGCUUCGAGGAGUAUGAGUGGUGCGGCCAGAAGAGGGUCAGAGCUACCACCCUGCUGGAAGGAGGCUUCAGAGGAACAGGCUUUGCCAUGUGCAGCACAAAGGAGAACCACGACAGCGACGCCGACCUGGACGUGGAUGGAGACGACACGCUGGAGUACGGCAAGGCCCAGUACACAGAGGCAGACAUCAUUCCCUGCUCCGGAGAGGACCAAGGAGAAGCCAAAGAACGGGAGGCCCUGCGCGGGGCGGUGUUGAAUGGCGGAAUGCCGUCCAACAGAAUAACACCAGAGUUCUCCAAAUGGGCCAGUGAUGAGAUGCCCUCUACGAGCAACGGGGAGAGCAGCAAGCAGCAGCCGCCUCAGGACACCAACGCCGCCUGCUCAACCUCCAACGCGCCCCGGACCUGUAAAAACAGCGAAAUAGAGAAGAUCACAGAGGGCUCGACAGCCACCACGUUUGAAGCACUAAAGGCUCGUAUCCGGGAGCUGGAGAAACAGAUCCUCCGAGGGGACAGAUAUAAGUGUCUCAUCUGCAUGAGGAAGAGAUUCCAAACAGACAGGGCUGAAGACAAGAAUCUGGGCCAAUGGGGGCGGGCCCUCGCGGUAACAGCGCCAAAUGAGAGGCGGGUUGCUGAGAGCUCAAAGCCCCUCCCCCCGCUGAGCAUUUACUGUUUGUAUAGAGGCUACGUUAUGGGCUGCAGCGGCGGUGGGAUUAAACGGCUGCUCCCGCUCCGGAGGGACUCGUACACGAUGCCCCUCACCUCCAUCCAGUGCUGGCACGUCCACUGUGAGGAAUGCUGGCUCAGGACUCUGGGAAACAAGAAACUGUGCCCACAAUGCAACACCAUCACGUCGCCAGGAGAUCUAAGGCGCGUCUACAUGUGAAGAAGAUGGCGCCUGCCCUGACCGGCCUACACCUCCAACCCCUCCUCCCUCCAUUUGUUCCUCGUAUUUCCAUUUGCUCUCUCAGUAUUUGUUUUUGUUGACCUUGCGUGAGCCUGGGUUUGUGAAGCCCCUUCAGAGCUUAGAGAGAUUACUGAUGUAUUGAAUGACUCUUCAGACCAGGGGAGGACUGACUGAUCAACCAACCAACCAAACAUUGGAACAGAACCUAACCAAGUAGUUCAUUAUGACCGAGUGUUCUCAGAAUGAUUAACCAACCACCCCUCACUGGCUCCCUCCACCCUGCCCUCUAGUGGUGGAUGAUCUAUCCAGUCAGAUGCCCUCUGGUGGUGGGUGGUCUAGUCCAGUCAGAUACCCUCCACCCUGGCUGACACUUCUGGUUCUGUGUUUUUGAUCCUGUAGCUCCGAUGACCCAGCUUCACACUACUGUGUUACUCACUGAGCACCAUAAUCCCUGCGGAGAGGUGUGUUCAGGUGGGAGGAGGUGGUGGUGUAAGUCCCUCUGUGGAAAACCCCUCUCGGUUCAAGCCAUCAGGACAGCCAAGCUAGAUAUUAAGCUGACCACCGGUAGUCGCACCCUGCUUGAAGACUUGGUAAGGGGGAAAGGAAAACAAUCAACUCUUUCAGCGUUCAACCAAACCGACAACCUCGGAACAUCCAGGGGAUCCUCUUCUUCUUUUCAACCUCCUUUUCCCUUCAGUUGUGGCGUUAUAGUGAAGUCAACCAAAUCCCAAGAAUCAGUGCAAGCACAUGUAUAUUAGUCUGUGUAUGUUUACAGUGUUUUGUGUAAAUGACAUAGAGGUUACACUUGUAUACAUAUGUACGCACACAUACACACAUAUACACACACACACAAAGUAUAUAUUAUUAAAGUCCAGUUUUUAUUUUGAGUUUUGGUGGGGGGGGGGGGGGUUAAAAAAUGGACAAAAAGAAAGCCCUCUGUAUUUUUAAACCAAUGUUGUCGUCUUGAGGUUGAAGUUCUAUUUCAUUGUACAGGAAUACAUUUAAAGUAAUAAUAAUAAACUACUCAAUUAGAAAUUCAAGGUUUAGAUGGUGUACAUUUUUCAUUGAACUAUACAGUAACAUCUGUAGAAGAUUUAAACCUAAAGCAAGAAGAUAAUGUUUAUUUUUAUUUCGUUUUUUUUUUUUAUGGAAUGUAAAGAUUCAAAUGGCUCUAACCCUAGACUAGGAGAGACGAUGGCUUUGAAUUGUUACAGAACUGCAACGCUGGCCAAACAGCUGUUUUCAAAAUCGCAACCUGGAACGCAGUUGAGUUAACCUCCACCUCCCACCUCAGUUUUUGAUCAUAUAACUUUACUAAUCACUUUGGUUUUCUGUUUUGUCCUCUGCUCUGAUAAAGCCUCUUAAAAUGCUUCUCCUCCAGAAAUGUUUGAGUGUUCCUUCCAUUGUGCUACCCAGCAAAGGCUCCACCCUGGCAACUCGUAAAGGUAGGUCCUUCCCAUCUGUAAGGGAAAAGAGGAGUGGGCCGCCAUGUUGGGUUGGCCAACUGAUUGCCAAAGCCCAGUGACUGAACACUACCCCACAGCAAGGUGGUGUGCUUUGUAUUUGUAAAACCAUGUAUCCUGUGAUGUCUGUAUUGAUGUAUGCUGACAAAAAAUAAAGAAAUGAAAGGUUUAUGACUGAAUUCAAACCCCAACGGAAACCCUGAAGAUAUAUUAACACAUGUACAGAAAGCUUCCAUUUUUUUGUGAAGGGGAACAAUAGAUGAAGACUUUAGUCAUAAAUGCAAAGAUUUGUAUAUUUAUUUCAGUCCAGACCAGGUUUCUCUUCAUGGACUACUGUUUUUAGAACUUUCUCCAGUUUAGUGCUUAUUGCAUUGGUUUAGGUUUAAGAUUCUUUCACCUUCUCCCUCCAUUGUUGAUUUAGAUGCUAUUUUAUGGUGACUAUUUGAUAAUGAUCGCUACAAUGUAGACAUAGAGCAGGUUUGUUUUCAUAGAAGCAGUACACAUCUUUAGUACAGUAUUGUUUCUAUAAAGGGUAUGUUUUGGAGCAGCCUGUUAGAAGUUAUGAUCACAGGCUCAUAGAACCUAAAAGGAUCUAGAAUUGUUCCAAAGUUAUUUUCCCAAUACCUCUGUUCAUACAGUACAUGUAUAGGUUUUUGUUCUAGUUCCACUUUGCAGUCACAUGUACAGGUAACCAUGCAUAGGAAAAUGAACACUUAAAGCUGUGUUAUGGUAUGUGUGGGUCACAUUUGAACCCGUGGUAGGAUGUUUAAGCUUGCUACACCUGUGUGUCAAGACAAGAGCUGUGACUUCUGUGAAUCUGCUUCACAACACUGUUGAGAAUUAAGGGUUAAGCUCUUCUCACUGUGGUUCCUUCAACUGGAGAUUUAUUUCAACCUGCCCCAAAGAUGACAAAUUGCACAAGAUGAUUGUGUCAAAUAAUUUGUGUCUUUGUAUAUUCUUGAAAAUGGUACGUGUCUUUCCCGUUUGUAAACUACAUUUGACAUUAAUUAAAUGAUUGUAAAUCUGAAA